AUGCCGGCCUCUUCCAGCCGCUUCUGCCGGAGUCUCCAGGUGUUUGCGGUCCUACAAUGGCUCUUCCUCUUCUUGGGGCUGUCCCAGGUGUGCCUUGUACUCCUGAUCCUUGUACUCCUAAGCCGGGCCUGGAUACUAGGGGUCCUCUACCUGGUCUGGCUCUAUGGAGACAGGAACACCCCACAGACAGGAGGCCGCAGAUCUGCCUGGGUCCGCAAUUGGGCCAUCUGGAGACACUUCCGGGACUACUUCCCCAUCUCGCUGGUUAAAACCGCAGAGCUGGAUCCCUCCCACAACUACCUCUUCGGCUUCCACCCUCACGGCGUCCUGGUCAUCGGGGCCUUCAGCAACUUUUGCACAGAGGCCACCGGCUUCUCCCGCCUCUUCCCUGGCCUCCGCCCACACUUGCUCAUGCUUCCCUUUUGGUUCCACCUUCCUGUCUUCCGGGACUGCAUCAUGCUUAGUGGUUUGGUGUCCUCAGCCAAGGCCAGCAUCGCCUAUCUGCUGUCCCGGCCUGGCGGCGGCCAGGUGGCCGUCCUGGCCGUGGGAGGGCCCCUGGAGGCGCUGGAGGCAAAGCCCGGAGCGCUGAGCUUGCGGAUCCGGAAUCAGAAGGGAUUCGUCAAGCUGGCGCUGGAGCACGGGGCCUCUCUAGUUCCCGUCUUCUCUUUUGGGGAGAACGACGUCUUCCAGCAGGUCCCGAACCCCCCGGGUUCGUGGUUGCGGAUGGCUCAGGAGGCGCUGCAGCCUCUCCUGAGGUUGUCCCUGCCGCUGUUCCACGGCCGCCUGGGCCCCCUGCCCUUCCGCAGUCCCAUCUGCACCGUAGUGGGGGCCCCGAUCCCGGUGCGGCGGAGCCCCCGGCCCGGCCGGGCGCAGGUGGACGCGCUGCACGCGCUCUACGUGGAGCGGCUCACGCAGCUGUUCGAGGAGCACAAGGCGCGCUACGGGGUCCCGGCCGACCAGCACCUGAUCCUCACCUAG